CGUGUGGUGGAAGUGUUCCUACGAUGCAAGUGCGCAACUUCCUGUCUCGUGAGCUGCUCGCAGCAUGUUUCUUCGUCAUUCUGUUAUCCUCAGCCCUGGACCAAUAUCCGGGUGAAGUGGAGCCGCAGCCGUUGGAGUGCGCCUACGAUCUGCGCACCAGCCAACAGGAGGCUCGUUACAAUGAGACCAAGACGCUGGUGAGCAACACGGAGCUGUUCGAAGCUCCGCAUGCCGAGAGUCUCUUCCUCGGCCAGGCUCUGAGCGCAGAAGACUUGGUAGUAAGUCAGGAUGGAGUCGCCUACGUCGGAUUGGCUGAUGGUCGUCUCGCGAGCUUCACCGCCGCAGCGAAUGAGCUCCGCAAUUUUUCCAGAACUGGACGCGAUCUGCCCGAGUGCGGCGCUCUAGACAUGGAACCGACGUGUGGACGUCCGCUGGGACUCGCGUUUGCGCCGGCCAAGCCGUUCACCAAGUUCCUCAAGAGAAUCCCAGACGCCAAGACGUUCACGGGCGACCAAGUGCUGCUGGUGGCGGACGCGUACAAAGGCCUGCUGCUGUUCGACGCCACUGGCAAGCACACGCUGCUGUUCAGUCGCGUCGGAGAGGAACACACCAACUUCUUGAACGGCAUCGCAGUCGUGCACGAGACGGGGGAAGUGUACGUGACAGAGUCGUCGCGUCGCUUCCAACGCAACCGCGUGGUGAUGGAGUUCUUGGAACGGAUGCCUUCGGGCUACUUGCUGCACUUUGAUCCGAGGACUGAGAGGGUCAAUGUGGUGGCUGGGAGUCUGGGAUUCCCCAAUGGGCUGACGUUGGACAAGGACGGGUCUGGUCUGCUCAUAGCGAUCAUGUUCCAGAACAAGAUCGUGCGCUUCGACUUGAAAACGAAGCAGAUCAAAGACUUUGCCUUCUUGCCUGGUGAGCCUGACAAUAUCUCGAUCGAGAAGGUCGGCGCUGGGGAGAAUGAGACAGAAGUGCUGAUGGUGGGGAUGGUGUCGCACAACAACGGAGGCGUCUUCCAUUACCUCAAGCAGAGCGUCAAGAUGCGCAAGCUUUUGUCGCUACUCCCGACGUGGAUGACGGUGAUCUUCGUGCAUCGUCUUGGGUUGUUUGCUUCGGUAGACUUGGAAACGGGCGACAUUCGCUUCGUGCGCGUCUCGCUUUGGUGA